GGAUAAUAGCGGCAGUAGCAGGAGAUAAGUGGGUCCUCUGUGGUUGGUUUGUCUUAUUUUUGGGCAUGGUGCGCAUUUAGCACGCUUGGUGCAAUAUAUAAUCGCGCAGGGCCAGAUUAUACAGCGACCGUUUCCGAUAGCGUCAUAACUGUGCGCCGGUGUCACCGCCAUUCACUCCGCUGCCGGGAAGCGACCCAUCAGCCCCAUUCUCUGCGGAAACGACGCUUCCUGCCCAGGAUCACACUGGGCCUAAAAAGUGAGGCAUUGGCUGUAAAAGACUCAAUGAAUUUCCUUCGACAUGUCGGAGAAGUCAGGCCAGAGUACAAAAGCAAAGGAUGGGAAAAAGUAUGCAACCCUCAGCCUCUUUAAUACAUACAAGGGAAAGUCGCUAGAAACUCAGAAAACCACAGUUGCUGCUCGUCAUGGACUUCAGAGCCUGGGUAAAGUGGCUGUGUCCCGACGAAUGCCUCCCCCGACAAAUUUGCCCAGUCUUAAAGCAGAAAACAAAGGCAAUGACCCCAAUGUGAACAUUGUGCCUAAAGAUGGCACAGGCUGGGCCUCCAAGCAAGAUCAAUGUGAAGAGGAAAAAACACCAGAAGUGCCGCCACCUCCACCAAAGCCAGUUGUCCCACCACCAGAAGUUCCUGCCGUUGCCAAAUCAUGGGCCAGUGCAAAGCCCGGUGUGCCAGGAGAGGGAGUUAAAGUAAACCGAUAUUUUCAGCAAGAGUUUCCCAGUCUGCAGGCAGCUGGGGAGCAAGAAAAAACAAAAGAUGAUAAUUCAACAGAUGAUUAUGGACCGGGACCCAGUUUACGUCCCCAGACUGAUGUAGCCAGCUGGCGAGAAGGUGGUGGAAGAAAUCUUGGUACCCCAUCUGAACAGGAAUCUACUGCAGCUGCAGAGGAUGGUAGCGCAAAUGCCUCUGUUACUGCUAUCCAGGAUCAGGGCAAGAUUGGUGAUAAACGUGAUAAUAGAUUACUCUCUUGUGCUGCAACACAACCACAACUGAAAAUGAAUGGGCAGCAGCCUGGUGUACCGCCUACAUACAGGGGUAUGAUGCCUCCCUUUGCUGGAAAUAUGUUCCCUUCAUAUUCAAAACUACCAUUUCCUCAAAUACAGGGUCCUACUCGUUACCCUACUCCAGCUGAAGCCAGCAGAGUUCCUAGAGGAAGACCAACACAUUCCUGGGCUGCUGAUGGCGUUGAGCGCCCGUCCAUUAUUAGUGCAAAUGAGCUGAAAGAGCUGGAUAACCUAGAUACGGAAGCAGAUGAAGGCUGGGCAGGUGCACAAAGUGAGGUUGACUAUACGGAACAGCUCAACUUCAGUGAUGAUGACGAACAGUCUCCCAACCAUAAAGAGAAAACAGAAAGCUGGUAAUCUACCUUGCACAUUUGUUUAUUUUUUUUUAAUAUCACAGUGUAAAGUUACAGUAGGAAAUGUAACAAAAUGAGGAACCCUUCCUACUGAAAUGUAUAAUUUGGUGAAUUUUGUAUUUGUGGUUGGCAGUAUAUUUGUGAAAUGUGUAUGCAAUUGUAUCCGUUUUUACUUUUUUGUAUUUUCAUUAAAAUAAUCAUUUUUUUAUAUUCAACAAAA